AUGGUUGGUAGCAGGAGAGAAGUAGUAGUGAAGAUCAUUAGCACCCAGUUUAUCGAAACUGAUGCUGUGAACUUCAAGUCUCUCGUUCAGAAGCUCACCGGAAAAGACUCGACGGCGGCCUCAGUGGGAACUACCAAAUCAUUUGGGGUUGAAAAUGUAGUUAGGCCAGAGAGUGUCCCAGGUGGAACUGCAAUGGUUGAUGGUGCUUCAAUGUCUAUUGACCUCAAGGAGUUAGAUAGAUUGCUAAUGGGGUUGCCUUCAAUGGAUGAACUGUGUGGCUUCUUGCCUGACUAA